AUGCUGCAGGACUGCCCGAAGGCCCGCAGGGAAGUGGAGCUGCACUGGAGGGCGUCGCAGUGCGCGCACAUCGUCCGCAUCAUGGACGUCUACGAGAACCUCUACCAGGGGAGGAAGUGUCUGCUCAUUGUCAUGGAGUGCUUGGACGGCGGGGAGCUCUUCAGCAGAAUUCAAGACAGAGGAGACCAAGCCUUCACAGAACGGGAGGCUUCAGAGAUAAUGAAGAGCAUUGGUGAAGCCAUCCAGUACCUGCACUCGAUCAACAUCGCGCACCGGGACGUGAAGCCAGAAAACCUCUUGUACACCUCCAAAAGGCCCAACGCUGUGCUAAAACUCACGGACUUUGGCUUUGCUAAGGAAACCACCACGCACAACUCCUUGGCCACGCCAUGCUACACGCCGUACUACGUGGCCCCAGAGGUGCUGGGUCCAGAGAAGUACGACAAAUCCUGUGACAUGUGGUCCCUUGGUGUCAUCAUGUACAUUCUGCUGUGCGGGUACCCCCCUUUCUACUCCAACCACGGCCUGGCCAUCUCGCCCGGCAUGAAGAAGCGAAUCCGAAUGGGCCAGUACGAGUUCCCCAACCCAGAAUGGUCCGAAGUGUCGGAGGAAGUGAAGCAGCUGAUCCGCAACCUGCUGAAGACGGACCCGACCCAGCGCAUGACAAUAACGGAGUUCAUG